AUGUCACGGUGCCAUGAUGACGUCAGCAUCGCCAUCUGCAACAUCGCCAUCCAUGCCGGCCGGGAUGGUGGGAGCGGGGAUGGUGGGUCUGGCCGGCAUGACAGCUGGCAUGGGCUGGCAGCAGAACCCCAUGAUGACGUCAGCAGAGCAACCCAUGCUGACAUCAUCAGGCAACCUGGUGGCAACUGCCAUGAAGCUUCCUCCUCCGCCUCCUGCAUUUUUAGACGCCACCACGGUGGUUUACAGCUCACAGGUCUGCAGCAGCGCAAUGGGGGGAUGAUGCUGCCUGAUGGAUCGAUGCAGUCAGCAGGGCACAUGGGGAUGAUGACGUCAGCAGGCCAACACAUGAUGACGUCACCUGCUCAUGCUCCUCCUAGACUCACUCAUACCCACUCACUCUCCCCCUCUCUCCCACUCUCCCCUUCACACCCUCUCCCGCCCUCACACCCUCUUUCCCCUUCACACUCUCUCUCCUCCUCUCACCCCGAUGCUCACACUCACUCACUAUCCCCACCGCACCCCCUCUCCACAUCACAGUACACCAUGAUGACGUCACCGUCUCACUCAAUGCUGACGUCAUCCGUGGCAGCAUCAGGCAUGGCUUACCCCUCAGCCAGCAUACCAUACGCAUCCACUGGUGCUGUACCAUCCAUGUCCAUGCCCUCUCAACAACCAUCUAUGGCUUCACAACAACCCAUGCCAUCACAACAGCAAUCCAUGUCUAUACCCUCUCAACAGCUACCCUUGGUUCAGCAGGAUUCGGUGACGUCAGGAGGAUACGGGGGUGGGACGGUGGUGGCUGUGGGGGGUGGAGAGAGGGAGGGGCAGCAGCAGCAGAUUGUGCCUGGUGCUGAAAUGGGUUGCCUGCUGUGCAAGCCUCUGCGGCGCUCCCAGUCCCAGCCACCGGGGCAGCUCGAGGGAAGCGCAGCAGCCCAGGCAAUAGGGAUAUUGCGGACGUUCCUUGCCACUCAAGCCUCUGUGGUGCUCCCAGCCGCCGGGGCAGCUCGAGGGAAGCACAGCAGCCCAGGCAGGGAGGAUAUAGCGGCAGCACGGCAGCAUAUGGCGGCGGCACGGCAGGAUAUGGCGGCAGCACGGCAGCACAGAGGGCGGUGCUGCUGA